ACUGUCUCAUAACCUUAUCCUGGGCUGCGUGCUCGAUGUAAAGUGACACGUUUUUUUGUCGCUCCUCUUAGAAUAAACACUAAAAUUUGAUUAUUUAUUAUUUUUACAAAAUUCGACCAAUAACAAUUUCAAUUAAUUUAAUAAAUAAGAAAAAAAAUAAUUUUUUUUCUUCUUUUUUUCAAAUGUGAUUAUGAAUUUUAAUAAUUUGUUAGUUGAUAAUUGGAUUAAUAUAUUUUAAUAUUGAAAUAGAGAGAAAGAAAGUUUUUUUAUUUUUUUUCAUUGUGAAUUAUAAGAUUUUUUGUUUGACUCAUUGUUUGGUUGUGUUAAAAAGUGACAAGAGCGCUUUUUCGCUUGCGCGUUGAGGACCAAGGCCACACGAGGCUUUUAUCAGUGGGGGUAGUAGAUAUUCAAGCGAAAUAUUACAAAAAAAAAGUAUAUAUAAAAGACACGUCGAGAACUGAGAAAAAAAAAAGCCUCGUGUGCUUCUAGCGCAAAAGAGUAACGAGUUUGUGCUAUGUAUUGCAGUAGAGUGUGAAAAUUUUGAAAAGAAAAACUUGAAACAACUAGAUAAACAAUAAAAGAAAAAAAAUUAAAUUAAAAACAGUAAUUAAAAAAACGAAAAAAAAGUUGGUUUUUAGAUUUUAAGAAAAAUUAUUAAAAACGAAAACAAACAACUGCGGUUGAGACGAUUUGCACAAUUUUUUCCUUAUGAUAUUUGACUUUACGGAGGUGGGGUUAAAAAUAAAAUAGACGUCAGUUACCUAUGUUGUGCGGUGAACUACUUAACGGUGGCACCGCGGUACCCUGCGGUCUUCUUGGCCUCUGGAUACCUGGAUGCGUGCGUGAAACAAGUCCCCGUUUAUUAACAUCUCCUUAUUUACCUCUCCUUGUUGAACUCCUUGCUAGUGAUUAUAUUGAACAACGUUAUAUUGAGUGUCAAACAAAUAUUGAGGAUAUGGAUCUCAUAAGACACAAUCAAAUGAAUUCCAAUUGUUCAACUGAUCUUGAUUUAGAUCUUGACAAUGAUGACAGCGCAUUUCUCGAAAAUGGUUUGCUGUCGUUUGAGAAUCCAAAUUAUCAUCUUGAAUCAGCAAGGUUCGAUGAUUCAUUAAACAGUAAUGGAACAGCAAAUUCAUUGUUUGAUGAAUUUUAUCAAGAAUUAGUUGUUAAUGGGGGUGGAAGAGGAAGUGAAGUUGUGGGUGGUGGAACAAGACAUGCACGAAGAACUUAUGCAGCAUUGGACCUUGGCAGCAUGGGUGUUAACGUGACUCAAGGUCCAUUACCUCAAAACACUUCAAAUGCAGGAACACCAGACAACACAUUAAACCACAAUCUUGGUUAUUGUGAAAAAACUGACAACGAUUCAAACGAGAUGGGUGGAGUACCUCAUACAGAUGAGGGACUUAAUGAAGACAUAUAUGCUGUACCAGUUAAACGUAGACAGCCAAAAGAUCAAAAAACUGUAAACCAAUCAAAUGACAAAAUAUCUGAUGAUCGAGAAUCUGAAGAUAAAGAUGAAAAUUUACCAACAGGCUGGGAAAAACAUGAAGACAAGGAUGGUCCCUACUACUGGCACAUUAAGAGUGGAACAAUACAACGUGAACCACCUGAAGCACCAUUGAAUACUAAAAUUGAAAAUCGUAAAAGUCUUGUCAAGGAUAAUGACAGUAUUAAUAAUUUUCAUGGAUUGGGUAAUAUGAUUAAUACAGUGACACGUAGUAAUACAAGCUCUGCACUUGAUCAAGAAUUAGAAAAUAAAAGAAAAGAAGAAUUAUCAUUAAAAAGAAGAAGUUAUCCAGCAAGAGUAGAAUCAGAAAGCAGGGAUAAGCCAAUAAGAUUUGCUGUCAGGUCAUUGGGUUGGACUGAAAUUGCUGAAGAGGAUUUGACUCCAGAGAGAAGUAGCAAAGCUGUUAACAAAUGUAUUGUAGAUCUGUCACUUGGGAGAAACGAUUUACUGGACGUUGUUGGACGAUGGGGUGAUGGAAAAGAUCUUUUUAUGGAUCUUGAUGAAGGAGCACUUAAAUUAAUUGAUCCUGAAAAUUUAACUGUACUUAAUACUCAACCAAUUCAUACAUUGAGGGUGUGGGGAGUUGGCAGAGAUCAUGGACGAGACUUUGCAUAUGUUGCAAGAGACAGAUCAACAAGAAAAUUUAUGUGUCACGUGUUUAGAUGUGAUAUACCAGCACGUACAAUUGCCAAUACACUUCGUGAUAUUUGCAAAAAAAUAAUGAUUGAAAGAUCAUUGCAUCAAAAUUUGGCAAAACCAAUUGAUAUUAAUGGCAGAACAAGUUUAGCAACAAGACCAACAAAUUUACCAACAGAACAUCGUCGUUUUCACAGAAAUGAUCCACCACUUGUCACACAAUCAUUUCCAACACCAAUGGAAGAACCAAAAAAAGUAUUAAAAGCACAGUAUCUUGGUUCAAUGCAAGUAACAGCACCAUCAGGUAUGGAAGUACUAAAUGAUGCGAUAGAUGAAAUGGUGACAAAUACACCAAUAAAUCAGUGGAAAAAUGUCAACGUUGCAGUUGCACCCAGCAUGAUAUCCAUACUAACACCCAAUGAUGAUAAAUUGAUAACAGAAUGUCGAGUACGUUAUUUAUCAUUUUUGGGAAUUGGUAGUAAUGUUAAACAGUGUGCAUUUAUAAUGCAUACUGCUCAAGAUCUUUUUAUAGCACAUAUAUUUAAUUGUGAACCAAGUAGUGGAGCACUUUGUAAGACAAUUGAAGCUGCUUGUAAGCUAAGGUACCAAAAGUGUCUUGAUGCACAUCCACAAGGAUUUAGAAGUGCAAGCAGUCUUAGUACACCAAAUGGACGUGGAAUUGGGGCAACAUUAAAAUCACUUGUUGGUUCAUUGACUGGUCGAAGGAAUAAACAAGGUGAAUCUUGAGAUGAGGCUCUCUCGCUGCAGGAACUGUGGCCAUUGCCUGCUGAGCGAGAGGUGAUACGACACAGGCAUCUACAGUCUCCUAUGACUAGCAAAUACUUUGGAGGUUCACCACCGAGUGCCUCAUUGAGAUCAUUGUUAUCGCCGUCGUUAGACACGAGACGUAUUCAACUUGCUCGCUGGGAAAGUAAUCCCUAAAAAUAUUCAAAUCUAAAAAUAAAAAAAAAAAAUUAAUAGAAAAUAAUAUUUUAAAUAAUUAAAUAUUCAAUAUAAAUUCUCGUCGUCCGUCCCCCUCAGGAGGAUGAACCCCCUUAAAAAUAAAAAAAAAAAAAGAAAUUUAAAUAAAUUGAAAAUAGAUAAAAAAAAAAAAAGUAUUUUCAAUUUUAUUUUUUUUUAUUUUCAUUUAAAUUUAUUGAAAAGUAAGUAAUUGAAUUUCGAUUUUUUUUUAUUUCAAUUGCGAUAAUGAAAUUGAUUUAUCCUUACUGAGAAAUGAGAAAAAAAAAAAAAUAAAUAAUAAUUUAAUAAAGGUGUUGAUGAGAAAUAAUUUUUAAAAAUAAAUAAUAAUAAUAAUAAAUAAAUAAUGUAUAUGCCACGCGAUUAUUACAACGUAUGUCGAUAUGAUGUUUCUGUGUUAUAUCUUCAAAUAGUAGUAAUAAAAAAUAAUAAUGAUAAUAUUAAAUAAUUAUUGGCUGAAAAAGAUGCGUCGUGAGAGUGUAUCAUUCAAAAUAAAUAAAUAAAAAAAUUUGAAUGUUGAUGAAAAUAAAAAUAUAUGGAAAUUAAAAUAAUUAUAAUAAAUGUGUAAAUGUGAAAAUUGACAUUUGAAUGUGAUUUUUAUUUUUAUCAGUGUCGAAAUAAAUAAAUUAAAAUUUCGAAUAAGCUAUAGAGAGCUUAUUUAAACGUAAAUUGAGAAAUAAAAAAAAAUAUCUCAAUUAAAAAUGUGUUGAUUAAAAAAUAAUUAUCACGAUUUUUUUUUUUUAAUUUAAAAAUGUUUUUUAAUUUUUUCUUUUGCUCACCUGUUGAUGUUGAAUUUUAUUUAUUUUGACCUCGUUGAGAAAUUAUUAUUGACCUUCUAUAUAAUUGCUAAUAUUAAUGCUUAGUAUUUUUUUUAUUUAGAAUAAUGUAUGUUGGUAAUUUAUGAAAAUAAAAAUUUGGAUAUAUAUGUUAACAUUUCAAGCGUUAAAUAAUAAUGUAUAAAUAAUUUUCAAGUGUACAGAUGAAUAAUAAAUAUUUUAAAAAUAUUAAUAACAACAAUUAAUACACUUGAAGAAUAAAUUUAAACAAAUGCUUGUCCCUCAUCAUCAUAACAAAAAAAAAUAAUAAAAAAAGAUAAUUGCAUCAAGUCAUAUAAAAAAAAAAAAAAAAAGAGUUAUUUUUUAUGGCAAAUAAUAGGUGAGCUUGCGUAAUUGCAUAAUUUAAAGUGGCAUGACAAAUAUUAGUGCAAAAAAAAUUUAAAGCUAACAUCUAAUAAAUAUUAUAAAUGAAUGAAAAAAUUAAUCCAUAAAAUGAAAGAAAAAUAAUAAAUAAACACAUGAAUUUGCGUUUAUAAAAAAAGUGUUAUAAUUUUUCUUUUUUUUUUUUUUUAAAUGAUGUUUGUAACUGAUUUUAGGCAUGUUAUAUUUAUCGUUAAAAAAAAUAAUAUACACAUACACAACACAUCCAAAAUCGACGCGUCAAUGUGACUUUUAAAUAGAUAAAAUUGCGACGAUGAAGUAUUUAGUUAUUAAGAAAAAUAAAAUAUAUUUAACACAUAUUUUACACUGACGAUCACACAAAAAUGCGACAAUGAUUAUUAUUAAAUUGAAUGAAGGUAAUUAAAUAAUGUCAUGAAUGAUUUGUCAAUGGAGAAAUGUGAAAAUUGUAAAUAUGGUAACUUAGACGACUGUGUUGACUCGAAUUUAUCGAGACGAAGAAAAUGCUAGAAAAAAAUUUAAAAAAAAAAAUAAACGUAGACAUGAAUUAUCUGUCGAUUUUUCUCUCUGGCUUGAAAUAAAUAAUAUUACAUAAUAAAUAAUUGGGUAAUGUUAUUGACUUUUUUGCUCAGUGGUGAACGACAUUUUUGUAAAUAAUUUUGCGUACACUGUUAGCACGUAAAUAAAUAAAUAAAAUACGAAGAGAUAAAAUCCAGUAUGAUAUUUGAUAAUAAAGAUAGUUUAGAAAAAAAAAAAAAAAAUGAUAGACACAAAGCGAAAGUAAACACUUCACAUGAAACUCACAAGAAAAAAAAAACAGCAUACAUGAUAUUAAAAAUUAAACAAAAACACACACGCGCA